AUGUCCUCUGCAACGUGGGUCUUAGUCUUCUGCAAAAAAGAUGAAUCGUACACAGCAGUCGACGAAACCAAGGUUGAUGGCUCACCAGAGCAAGGAAAAGAGCUACAAGCAGAAUUGCAGUACUUUGACCCUAUCCUCUCCAAGAACAUUUCGCAGAAAUGGCUUGUUACUGUUGUAGAAACAGGUACAGUUCACCUUAAAUCAUCGCUAAAUAUGUUUGCUUAGUUGAUAGUAGCUAAGCUUUUCUGAAGUAUUGCUUCAUUGGAGCACAUUUUCUCAUGUAUGCUUUAGGUGGGAAAAACGGUUUAACAAUUCCAUAUUGCAUCCACAUACAUAUGUAUAAAAAUAAAACAAACAUAAAAUGUGUGUGAACUAAAAUUAAAUACAACGUAACACUAUAUAUAAACUUAUAUCCAAAACUUACCUGAAGAUGUUUCAAAUAGUGAAAAAGUAAUUUCACAAGUAAGUCUUAUAAUUACACAAAUUAGCAAUAUUAUUCACACUAGAAAAUAAACUGAAGGCUGUCAUAAACGUUGUUGUAACAAUAUGCUGCUGCUAAUUUAGGCACUAAGAAGAUCUAGAGUUCUUCUGAAGGACAAGAGACUCUGAUCGGUUUUCGUAAAAGUUAAGUCCAUAAGGUCCACAAUACGUGUAUGUUUGUCACGUCAUAACCCUCGUGUGUAAUAAAAACGUGUCACGCAAUUUGCAUAUGUGCAUGUUUUUGUUCAUGAUUAUUUUCUUUGGACAUCAGUAAACAUUGCAGGCAUAACACGUAUCCUUAAUCCAUACAUAGGGACAGAAAAAGAAAUAAAGAGGAAAGUAGCUGAAUUUGCUGCACGACUGAAGCAGGCGAAAGAGAGGACUUUCCUUGACCAGCCAAGA